CUGUUUGGGUCGCCAUUCGAGUCGACACAAACCGUAAACGUCAGUCAUUGAUUGAGUGUUGAACCCAGACUACAGCGAGUUAGAGAAGCUGGGAAUAUUCUAUGUUGUGACUCGAUAGCCGACUCCGGUCGGUGGAAUUCAAUCAAAAGAGCGAUCAUUGUGACCUAUGGCGAAGAAGAGAAUCUAAUUUACCGAAAAAUAGAACAGUGAUUUUGGUGAAUAAUCAAUUCUAUACGCUCUAUGCCCGUUACGUAUAUACAAGUGUAGCUUGAGUGAGACAUUUAACUCUUUACUAUGUCUCUGGGCAUCCGAUGAAUAAUUGUAUUCAAUGACGACGGAAGGCAGAAGUUUAAUUGAAAUUUUUGGAAUUGUGGUAUUUAUCGAGCGUAUCAACGCCGCAUUACUAGUGCCACCGCAGUCGUCAUCAGCAGACAAUCACAAUGCAAGUCAGUCAAGUAGAAUGGGAACGGAUUGUGGAGAAGCAUUAUGAAUCAUUUAGCAGUUCGACGUCGUCGCAGAAAAAGUGCGAAAUUCUGUUCAUCCAAAUGAAAUUCUGAGGAGAACCAAGACUACGGCGGUGCACUAUACAGCUGUUCUUCGCGUCGAGUCGCACAGCGCGAGACAAGUGCGGAUUGUUCAACUUGAUUGAAAAGAACAGAGUCGCAGAAAAUCUCGGUUAACUAAGGGAAGACAACAAUUUGCUUUGCUUUCUGUAUGAGAAGUCAGCGUAUAUUGGUAGAAUUGUUUCAAUUAUACUGGUUUGAAAGAAACACGCAAAUCGAGUCUGGUUGAUCGGGCACAAAGAUUUCGUUACAGUGUGACUUAUGGGAGCAUAUUUAUAAAGAACCAUCGUCGAAAACAAGUUAAUGAUGCUAAAGCUGCAAGAUCGAAAGUCGAUCACAAAUCGGAACGAACCCGGACGGUUCUUCGGCGAUGGAGUGAGCUUCAAGGCCAAACUGAUUGGCAUCCUGGAGGUCGGCGAAGCCAGAGGAGACCGUAUGUGCCAGGAAGCACUGCAGGACCUCAAAAUGGCCAUCCGAGCUGCAGGAGAGCACAAACAGAGAAUCACGAUACACGUUACUAUCGAUGGAUUGCGAUUGAGGGAUGAGAAAACAGGCGAUUCUCUCUAUCACCAUCCAGUGCAUAAGAUCUCGUUUAUCGCGCAGGACAUGACGGAUUCGCGUGCAUUUGGCUAUAUUUUUGGGUCGCCCGACAGCGGGCAUCGCUUUUUCGGCAUCAAAACCGACAAAGCCGCCAGCCAGGUUGUUCUGGCCAUGCGGGACUUGUUUCAGGUCGUGUUUGAACUGAAGAAGAAGGAAAUCGAGCUGGCUCGACAGCACAUUCAAAGCAAAAUAACCGCCCACGAACAUCAGGCCGUGGCAAUGGCAGUCAAAAGUUCCGACGGCUACGGGAAAAGCUUAACAAGCGAUGGAGCUUCCGGCUCGUUGGCGAGUUCUAGUCUAGGGGGCGCUUGUGGUGCCAGCAGUUCGAAAGCAACUGUAAAAAGUGAAAAGUCACCGGAAUCUGUUGCCGAUUUAGUGGACUUGGAACAAGAACUCAGCUCUAUUCAACGGGGAAUAACGCAAAUGGAACGGAUAACACCAAGUGAAGUCCCAUCAAAAAGUGUCAUCGAUGAUGAUCCUUUUGGAGAUUCGUUCACUAAUGUUCCACCGGCUUACAAUCUACUGCCCCCUCCUGAAUCGAGUAAACGCCAUCAAAAGCAAACUCACAAAUCAACGGAAAAUUUGCCUGCAACGGAGCCCAGUUCAGCCGUACCGUCAUCGUCACCACCUGCUCCUCCAACGUCUUCAACACCGGCAACGCAAACUGUGGCGAUACCGCCUCCGCCGAGCAGUUCUACUCCAGCUCCUACUACCGGCGGGUCAACCAUGUCGUCUAGUAACUCCAAUCAGAACGAUGAUUGGCUCAACUCACCACCCAAUACUUCACGGUUCGAUCCAGAACCGGUCAAGUACUCUGACGAGUUGAAUUUGAACGAUGAUGGUUUUAAGCAAUCCUAUUCAACCACUCCCCAGCCAUCCUCCUAUACGGACGCAUUUACGGAUCUGGAUCCUCUAGGAACGGGAAAAAUAAAACCGUAUAUCGAUAAGAAAUAUUUCUUCCAAGAGCUGAAGAAUCCACCCAAGAAGGUACUGAAGGACCUUUCAGGACAAGAUAGCUCAUUCAAUGCCAAUUUCUCCUCGGAAGAUCUCCAACGUCAGUCACCACAGUCACUUCCAAAAAGCACAAAUGCUGCCUCAAACGAAAUGUUUAAUCCCACAUUCGAGGAAAAUACUCCAAGACCAAAGGAUCAAGGUCCCGCUGAUUUUUCCGAUCCCUUUGCCAACAAAUCAAUGGAUCCAUUUAUGGAGGACGACGAUUUUUCCAAGCUGCAUAUUGAUCCGUUCGAAAUGAAGUUUUCAAGGAAUGCCUCUCCACGGCAAAUUGAAAGCAAAGGCAGCGAUGACGGGAUGGCAAAAUCUACAUCCAAACCUGAAGAAGGCAAAGCCGAUGAAAGCCCGGUAGCGUACAAUGGACCACUUCAGGUGAAUUUGCCUCCUGAGAGCUGGGCACACUACAUCAGCCAGAAGCGCUUGGAACGCCAGAAUUCCGAUUCAACUUCUCCCGGAGCAGGAGUUACGAGUUUAGCAAGAAAUCGUCCAAAUGUUUUCAAGCAGAACACCGUAGAUGUGAUUUCCAGCAUUAGCAGCAAAAAGAUGAAACCCAAUCUGUUUGGUCAAAAAUUCUCCAAGCGGGACUCGAAUAGCAUAAACAUGCGGCGUCUGCAAGAAAGUGAUUCCCUCAGUGAAAAUGAAACAGCUCCAGAACCUCCUCCUCGUCCCGAUUCUGGGUCACACAUAGAGCCACCCCCGCUGCCACCAAAGAAACAAUUUGCUGAUAUUGUGAUAAGACCAUCUCUUCGAUUCGGGUCAACAACCACAUCAAGUUCUGGUGGAUCAACCAAAGAACGCUACGAUUACGUUGCAGCCAAGUUUGAAUCAAAAAAUCAACCUGUGUCUGAUGCACCUCCCUUACCGUUACCUUCACGAAAAGUUAACAGACAUGAUGGUUCCUCUCCAGGACGUCCGUUCAAGAAACUAACCGAUGAAGAUGAUUAUCUACAACCCAUUCCAGCUAAAUCCGAGAUUCCAACCUUGCUACCGCCUCCACAGCGCAAAGAAGCGUCCAAGACACGUGCAGCACGUAAAUCUGAAACCGAUCCACGUAAUCUAGAUGAGCCAACACCGCCAGCUCAAUCGAAAUCACCCACGAUUAGGGACAAGGAAUCACUUUUGCCGGACAUCACUCUCAGUCAAUUAUUAACGCUAGGUAUUGACGAACUAGCAACCAAACUGAAUGUCCCAGUCACCAAACUGAGCACAAUGACUCUGGUCGAACUAACGUCCUAUCUGUCCGAAUUUAUCGAGAAUAGCAAAACUUCGCCAUCUUCGGCAACAUCUUGGAAUCAGGAAGCAGAAAACAACGACUCUCCGGUAUUUAAAGUUAACUUUGACGAUCAUAACGAUGCUACAUUCGUGGCCAAGUUUGACGAUAACUUCGGUGAAGAUAACACAUUCGUAGCGAACUUCGACAAUAUGAAUCUUCAACCUGCUCCCCAAACAUCGACGAACCAUGCCAUUGCUGCUCCUGUCAUCGACAAAUAUGCUGUUUUCCGAGAGAUAAUCGAACAAGAAAUUGGUCCAGAACAUGAGAAAAUAGAACCAGAGAAAACGGGUCCAGAUUUGUCCACACUUGAUUUCGAUAGAGAAGUGGCUACUGAAAUGAACAGAUUAUCGCCAAACAUAAUUGGCGAUCAAUUCUCGUUAUCUCCAUCGCAGCUACAAUCUUUUCCUGCAUCCAGUCCCGUGCCAUCUGUACCUUUGACGAAGAUCGACACCAAGAUUACCGAAGUAAUUUCACAUGCCAAAGAUCGGUACGCUGCGUUGAGGGAUAUCAUCUUAGUCGAAGACCUAUUUGAAAAGCCAACACCUCCUCCCAGUUCCAAUGCCCCUAUAGCUCGAAUGGAAUCGUCUUCCUUCGAGGACCAAAAUACGGAGGAUGAACAUCGUUUUGAAGCCAACUUCGACGAUAUGCCUCCGAUGGAAAGCCAUUCCCCGGAAAUCAACAUUUCCGAUGCAGAUAUUAACGAUGAAUACCCCCCGUUGGAAGAAUCUCGAAACCAAUCUACGCUUCAAGGUCUUGAACCACCAGAAUCUCACAGCAUGAGCUUCCGUAACACUCCCAAGGAAGACCUAGAAAUCGAUGCAUUUAUGCAGAAGGCCGUAUCCAACUUGUCCAUCCACAGUACAGGUCAACCAUCGCCAGGACCAUCCCAAAUAACUGGCCUAACGGUGAAGUUACCUCAGCUGCACAGCACAUCGACCUCACCUAUGAGACCGCUUCAAAGCAAAUCACCGGUAGCAGAAGGCGGCAGUUCGACAACGCAAGCCGCUUCAAUCGAAAAUCUAACCCGAACUACCCUGAACGAUAUGAGCACCUCGCCGAUUCCGCUCUCGAAGAUUCCAGCAGCCGGAAGGGCCAGUGGUUCAACUGGUAAGCCAUCACCAUUGGCAAAAUCUCCGAUGGAUGUUGGCUUUGCCGGUGAUGAGGCUAUUAGUGAUGCAAAGAAGAGCGUGGAUUCCUUGCAGAAACGGUCUUCUGGUUCACUGAGUGAUGGCGGAGAAACUUCACCGGAAGCAGACAGAAAUCAAGAGGAUAAGGCUUCAAAACUUACUCCAACCAACGCCAACGAAUCCUGGGCAGUUUUCGAUCAACCGGAACAUUUGGCCGCUCAUAAGAAACCCGACGGCAAUCGUCCGAUGAAAGGAAUGGACAAGGCCGGGGUCGAAUCGCCCUGCUCUUCGGAUCCCAAGGAUGAAUGGAAGAACGAACGGGAGUACGCCCGUCGUUGGCCGAACAAAGGACAUACAUCCUCCUCCUCGCGGGAUGUCUCUCCGUGGGACGAAGAUGGUCCCGAAUACCGAAAGCGCCCUCCGAGCCAACACCAUCCACCGACGUCCGGUGAGCGGUACCAUCAUCCGAGAAUGCCACCCCGACGGAUCAAUUCCAACGAUGAAGAUUACGACGAAGACCUAAAGGAUCGCAGCGAUCGACGACGUCGGGUGAAGGGUAGCCAAGUGAGUUCCAGAAGUCGGGAUAACUUCGACGACGAACACUGGUACCACGAGCGUCAAAGUUGGUCGCCAACGGAGGAAGACGAGCGACCGGACCGGUCAAGGUCGUUCGAUAGGACUGCCUAUGAGCGGAGUACGUACGGUCCUCCGUAUGAAAAACGGGAACCAAAGAGCUUACCACCGUACGACAGAAGAGAUUAUAAAAACUACGACAAAAGGAAGUAUUACAGGGAGAGAGGUAGACCGAACUAUGAUUACGAUCCUUACGGCGAUGGUUACGAUCAGCAGCGCAUGAUGAAGGGUAGAAUGGAUUAUGAAGAGGUGUACGAAAGAGGACCGAGAGAUUCAAGGGCAGCUAGGGAAUAUUUUUACGAGAGAGAUAGGAAAAGCUUUGAUCGUGAUAGUAACGAGUCUUAUGAAAGAAGAAGUUUUGGAAGUGGAGAUAUCUAUGGUAGCUUGGACAGCCGAGGGGACUAUCGUGACAGAGAUCGGUAUUUGUCAUUAGAUAAGUCACGAUCAUUGAGGCGCGGUAUGAGAAAUGCUGGAAGUGCACGGCUGGAUGAUCCUGAUCAAGACUCCGAUGGUGAAAUGGGUGGUGGGAGGCGAGGUGAUACGAAUAGUUUGCAUAGAUCUAGUCAGAAUAUUCGCGGUAAGCAACAUCAGGUGAUCGACGAUGAAGUGUGGGGAAUGUCGAUGAGCGGGAAACCUGCUUGGAAGAGACCAUCCAGUGCAUCCGAACAAGAGCGACGGUAUAACGAAAGUAGAAGAAUGGUGACUAAUACGACGUUAGUAGGAUCAGAUGGUGAGAAAGAUCGACGCUUCCGAAAAAAGAGUAGAACUCGUUCUAAGGAACCGGACAUAAGGCCCGGAUAUGCUACUAUGAGGUAUCCGCGAUCAAAAGAAGACUACUUUGACUUUGAUGCAGAUGCUCGAGGAACUGGAAGUGGAAGUGGAAUGUACGACAAUGACGAAGAAGAUGAUAUAGGAGGUGGUAAAAUGACAGGAGAAGCCAUGGACGAGAGUCCAUCGUACUAUGGAAGAAGACAACCUCCACCUUAUUACAAACCGGCAACCCCCAGAGCUGAAGGAAGAAGCCUGAAUGAUACUCUAAUAGCACAAGAGGCCAAAAAGAUGGCCCGAUAUGAAUACGAAGAGGAAGCAAUGCGGAGAAUGAAGAAGAGUAAUAGUAGAGAUUUAUACUUCGAAGGAGAAGACAAGGAACGAUUCUCCGGAAAGUUCGGAUCAGGCAGCUUUGGAAACGUAACUCCUCCAAAAAGUGCUAAACACGUCCGAAUGGAGCUGGAAUUCGAGGACUUUGGAGAAACGCCUCAAUCUAACACAAGCGGCAAAUUCAAUUUUGAAAGUGGAGAUGGCUUCGAAAGUGACUUCAAUUCUCCCCCUGCUCCUCCUUGUGGCGGAGGACAAGUUCCACAUCACAGUACGAAAGCAUUCCGGUUCUCUAACGAUUUCUCCGAGAAGGAUCCAGGUCGACAUUAUCAGGCGUACCAUAAAAGCCAACCGCAAAGUUUUGGUGGUUUUGAGGCAGACUUUGGAUCGACACAACGUUCAACAUCGACUGCGCAGACAGCUUCGAAACUCCGUUUCAACGAAAAUGUUACAGUUUCAAAAUUUAGUUCUGAUGCAGCGACAGGAUCGCACAUGUUUGAAGAUGAUUUUGCAGGUCGAUCGGACAAUGAACUGGAAGAUCAAUGGACACCGGAAAUGCCCGCACCAGUGACAAAUAGUAAUGGUAGUAAGAAGAUUUUGAAAACAUCUAGUCAACAGCAGUCGGCACAACAUGACAACCUUCGAAAGUCGGACAGUGUCAACAUAUUCGCGAAAAAAGUUGAAGAUCCAUUUGAAGACGAUGAUUUCUUUUCGUCCGGUGUUUCAACGGAGAAGGAUCCAUUCGAAGGCAAUGGAAGUGGAGCGGGUGGUGAAUCCGGUACAACGGGAACAGGCGGAGGUCAGUCCGGUGGGUGGGACAAGAACUUCGCAAACUUUGACGACAACAUCUGAUUACUCGGUAGCCUGAUGAUGAACAGUAACAUACUCAGUCGUCAGCUCAACCGUAGUCUCAGCGCCCGCCAGCAAUAUCAGUACUGUUGCCAAAGCGAACACCAGCGAUACUCGCUAGCGAAGGAUAUUAGAAAGCUUUAUAUGCGCAUUAAGCAUUUCAAUAGGUACGAAGUAUUCGUUUAGGAUUAUUCUACAUUUUUGGUUCUCCGACAGUGUAAAGUAUUAGUGGACUGAUUUGAAGCACAUGUUACGUGAAAUUUGUUUCAUUAUUGGAAACUAUUGCGCUUAUUAGGCAACAAUUUUACCUUGAUAAUCAAUGCGUUUCACAAGGACACAAUGCAUUACGACUUACCUUUAAUGUCCGUCAAGACAGUCGUCGAUCUGUUGAAAAAAGAAACAUCAUAAUUUAUUUUUAAUAGUAAUAAAGAAAAUGUUGUUUAGUAUGACAGGAUUUUAGGAAUUUAAACUGAAAGGUUUUCUAUUUUCAUGAUUUUUUUUCACAAGUAGUAUUUACAGUUACAUAUAGGAAGAAAACAAAUUUAAAAAAAAAUAUGUAUGGUAAACAACAAACAAAAAAUAAUUAAUACAAUUUUGUGUUGUUUGCAGAUAGCUCAACUUUUUACCGCGUAUUUCUUCGUGGUAAAAAGUUGAGCUAUCAGCAAACAACUGUUCAACUUGAUGUCAUAUGAAAAAAAAUUCUUCUCUUAUUCAAAAUGACCAAAACAACGGUAAUUUUGAUUUGUUGCUUUGCUCAAAGGUAACUUAUGUUUUGUAAGUCAGACUCUUUAAGGACAGAUUUCACGAGAUAAAUUAUAAUGCAUCGUCUUUGUUGAAACGCAUUAGUUAAUACUCUACCCGCAUGCAUAUAUUAACAGUGUUAAUAUAACACAAUCAGUUAAAAUUAAAAGUGAUUGUUUAACAUUGCAUUUGAACUAGAAUUAAAAACGCUUUCUCCCGCUAUUGUAUGGGGUAAACAUGAAUCAGUUGUUCAUAACAAUGAGCUGAACCUUGCAAUAUUUUCAUGCAAAUCUAGUCGUUUUAUUCAUUGGCGAAAUGAGAUGAGCCCAAUUAGGAGGUUGUUUUAUGGUUGUCAUUGAUAUUUAGCUAUGUUUGAAGGUUGUGUUAUGUAUGUUUCGUAAAUUGAUAUUCCGUUCUUAUAGCAUAAAAAUACAUACGAACACAUCUGUCCUAAAUGUAAAGAAACAGUAUCCACAUACUACGCAGUUGAAUUUUCAUAAACCUUGUAAGUCACUCUCGGAACAAAACUAUCAUUAGAGCUGCUUUUAUUCAAACCUAUUACCUAUACGGAACAAAAAUACACCAAAACUUAACAUUAUGAAAAACAGUUUGACAAAAAUACCGUUUCAACACACUUUCAUCACUUGUGAAUAGGCCCAAAGUUAGCAAAUGGUUUUGCAAAAUAGUUUUCAUUCGCUGAUGUAAUUUUAUUUGUAUAUUUCAGAUACAUUUUAGUGUCUGUUUUAAGCCUUGAUUUGCCAAUCCAUCAGUUUAAUAUAUAUGAGAGUAUUUCUUUAAUAGUACUAUUUAAGUGAUUAAAAAUACUCCCUAGUAAAAAAAAUGAACAAAACCAGAACAACCAGACAAAAAUAAAUUUUUCACGACUUUUACGGAACUUAUUUGAUGAUGAUUUCGGUUGGGUGGAAUGCGACGGUCGCGAAGUCAUUGAGGACGAUACAGUUCCUAUUCCAUGAAAAGAUAACAAUGAAUCAUCUACAACUAAACAAGUUUCAUAGGCGAAAAACAGAUCACAUAACAAUAAAUACUGAAAAUGAAACAAAAUUCUCAACCAAAAAUAUCCUCCUUUUCGAAUAUUUGUCAGAUAUAUAGAUAAACUAUAGGCAGCAACUUAAAAAUACGUUAAUCUUGGCAUUUCAAAGAAUCAUACACAAAUAAAAAAUAAUAAUAAAAAAUCAAACCGACGAUGUGUGUGUGUUGUUUUAACGCAACACAGCUUAAGUGAUAAGCCAACGUACACGCUGAACGCAGAAUGGUCACAAUUUUCAAAACAGUUAUGUAAAUUUGCUUUGUAUAUUUUUUGUAAAAUAUUUAUUGACUGAUCGGUUACUAUAAUGAUAAAAAUGUAAAAUUAUUAUGAAUAUACAGCGUAACAGAUAAGUUAAAAAUGAAAACAAACAAUUAACAUUAAACAAAGAAAUAAAUAAAUCUGAAAAUCACUGUAGAUGUUCGAAUAAUAAAAAGUAAAUUAGUAAGAAUCAGCAAACGUUAAAAUUAGUAAUGGAGCCAUACAAAAUGGUAGGCGAAAGCGGAAAGCAAAUUCCUUAUUCAAAAAGAAGGAAACCAAUGUUGAUCUGGAGUAAACUGAAGUGAAUAAAGAUAUGUAAAAUUUCAAUCCUUA